UCAAUGGGGCUUUAGCACUAAGGGGUUACACGUUAAAAAUAAAAUAUAUUUUCACCCCAAACCCCAUUUAGUGUUUAGGUUUCGUGCAUUUAGAUAGUCAGACAUAGGUAACUCAUUAAGGAAAGUCUCCGGGAGAGAGGCAGCGACGUCUCCAGAGGCGUGCCUUUUUGUCUGUCGCCUGGCAGAAGGUUCAGUCGGGUCCCUCUCGUCGGCUGGUUUUCUGUGAGAGGAUAACUUCCACCAUAUCCUACAUUUACAGCUCAACCAAGCGGGCAAACUACUGCAACACUAUGGAUACUGGAGAUUGUCCCUUCCGGAAGAAACGGAGACCAUGGCGCAUGGACUUCUCAUCCUUUGCCUUGGUAACCGUGGUGCUCGUCGUAUGCCAAACGACCGUGGCUCGUGCAGACCCAGUGGAUGUGUUGCGGGCUCUGCAGGUUCCCUCUCUCCCUGAGGGCGUGAAGAAAGUCCCCGGCUUCUGCGCGUCCCGCCGCUCCGGCACCCCCGACCAUGCUUACCGCAUCAGCAAGAAGGCCCAGAUCUCUGCCCCCACCAAGCAGCUCUUCUCAGGUCGAUUCCCGGAGAACUUCUCCAUCAUGGCCCUGGUUAAGGCCCAGUCUGGUCUCCAGGCCUUCCUCCUCUCCAUCUACAGUGAGCAGGGCAUCCAGCAGCUGGGUAUUGAAAUGGGACGCUCCCCUGUUUUCCUGUACGAGGACCAGAAUGGCAAGCCAGCUCCUGAGGACUACCCGCUGUUCAGAGGCGUCAACCUGGCUGAUGGCAAGUGGCAUCGCAUCGCUAUCUCUGUUUCCAAGAAAAAUGUGACACUGCUGCUGGACUGCAAGAAGAAGAUGACCCGCCCCCUUCCCCGCGGCAACCAUGCAGAGGUGGACACCAACGGCAUCACAGUGUUCGGAGCCCGCCUGCUCGAUGAGGAGGUUUUCCAGGGAGAUAUCCAGCAACUGCUGAUCGCCUCCAACCCCCAGGCUGCCUAUGACUACUGUGAGCACUACAGCCCUGACUGUGACUCCCCGAUCCCCAAGACCCAGGCUCAGGACCCCAACACAUACAAGAAGGUGAUCAAUGGAGAAUCCGUCCCCACUAAAUCCACUCCUGUCAAACCAAAACCAGCUCCUGCUAAGCCAGCCAAGACUGUUCCAUCCAAACUUGUCGUCAAGUUGCCUAUGCCUGCCAAAGCUCCCAAGACUGUUGCAGCCAAGGCAACCAAAGCUAAGCCCUCCGCAGUAGAGAUCCUCUUGUCUAAGAUAAAACCAACAGCAGCAGCUAAAUCUAAGCCCGUAGCUGCUCCAGCUAAGAAUGGCAAACCAACAGUGGAAAAGAAAGCCAAUGGUGCAGCUAAAGCCAAUGGCAAUGGAAAAGCAGCUGUAACAAAAACUAAUGGCAAUGGUAAAGCUACAGCUGAUGCCAAGCCAGCAGCUCAGGCCAAGGUGAAUGGGAAUGGCAAUGGCAAGGUUGUAGCUGAGAAGAAAGUCAAUGGUAAUGCAAAUGCAAAAUCUUCAUCAGAAAAGAAAGUCAAUGGAAAUGGAAAAGCCACUGUUGUGUCUAAUACUAAUGGAAACGGCAAUGGCAAAGCUACAGCAGAGAAGAAAGCCAAUGGAAAUGGCAAAACUACUAUUGAGGUUAAAGAGGUUAAAGUCAAAAUUAAUGGCAAAACUGAGAGUAAAGUCAGCGGUGAGGCUAAAGCCAAGGCCAAUGGCAAAGUUACUACUGUUGUAGAAAAGAAAGCUGUUGGUAAUGGUGCUGCAAAUCAGGCAAAAAUUGAAACCACUACUAAAGUAAAGACUGAAAAAGUUGUCAAAGUAGAAAAGACCGAAAAGACUGUGGUCAUUGCACCUAAAACAGGCGCCAAAGUAGAAAAGACAGAAAAGACUGUGGUCAUUGCACCUAAAACAGGCGCCAAAGUAGAAAAGACAGAAAAGACUGUGGUCAUUGCACCUAAAACAGGCGCCAAAGUAGAAAAGACAGAAAAGACUGUGGUCAUUGCACCUAAAACAGGCGCCAAAGUAGAAAAGACAGAAAAGACUGUGGUCAUUGCACCUAAAACAGGCGCCAAAGUAGAAAAGACUGUGGUCAUUGCACCUAAAACAGACACCAAAGUAGAAAAGACCGAAAAGACUGUGGUCAUUGCACCUAAAACAGGCGUCAAAGUAGAAAAGACCGAAAAGACCGUGGUCAUUGCACCUAAAACAGACGCCAAAGUAGAAGCUACUAAGGCACCUAAACCGACAAAAGCAGCAAAACCUGAUCCUACAAAAGCACCAAAACCUGAACCUACAAAAACAGUGAAGCCUGUGGCCACCAAAGCUCCAGCUGUGAAACCUCCAGUAAAGGAAGUCAAAGAGGUCACCAAAGUGAAAACUGUUGUCACCAAAGUCGCUCUGGUCAAAACAAGCGUCAGCAAAGUUUUGAAGAAUGUGAUCGAAAAGAUUACCAUCCAGAAGAAAGUUGCUUCAACAUCUGCCCCUGUCCAGCCCACUCCACCCAGACCUACAAAACCGAAGGUGGCGGUGGACAAUAAUGUCAAGUCCCUGCACAAACCAUUCCCACCGUUUGGCAAGACUAUGCUGGGUGGAACUUCAGUCCCAGCGAAGAAAAAUACCAACGGUUAUCAACAGGAUGUAGAUACUGAAUAUUCCGAGGCUGGCCACACCCCUACAGAGACUGAUUAUUACUAUGAGGAGACGGUGCCAGAGGGUGAGGUGAUUGGAGAGGAAGAAAUCCCUGUACAGCCCCAGGUGGAGACCACGUUGCUGGGAGAGGAGGUAGAUGCCACCAAGGCCGGCGGGGUGCUGGAGGAGCCCUUCACUGAGGAGUAUGUGACUGGGGACUUGGGCCUUAAGGAAUACGACUAUUCCUACAGGGACUACAAUGAGCCAAUACAGGAGAAUGGAGAUGCCAACAUGGGCCCCGCCCUGUCCGCUGUGACAGAUGAGGGAGGCGCCGCCGUCAGAGGACAAAAAGGAGAACAAGGAGACCCUGCUGUCUUGGAGCCUGGUAUGCUAAUUGAAGGACCUCCCGGACCUGAGGGAGCUGCUGGUCCUACAGGCCCACCCGGCUCUUCUGGACCUCCUGGCUCUUUCGGUGACCCCGGCGAGAGGGGCACUUCUGGUAAGGCUGGGAUGCCUGGAUCUGACGGAGUCCCUGGACCUCCUGGAACAUCUGUCAUGCUGCCUUUCCGUUUCGGUCAGAGUGGAGGAGAGAAGGGUCCAUCCGUUUCUGCACAGGAAGCCCAGGCAGCAGCCAUCUUGUCUCAAGCCAGGAUGGCUCUGAAAGGACCUCCUGGACCAAUGGGAUACACUGGACGCCCUGGACCUUUGGGAAACCCAGGAAGUAAUGGUCUGAAGGGAGAAGGUGGAGACCCCGGUCCUCAGGGCCCCAGGGGACCCCAGGGUAUGAUGGGACCUCAAGGCAAAUCUGGCAGAAGAGGCCGUGCUGGAGCUGAUGGAGCCAGGGGAAUGCCAGGAGAGUCUGGAACAAAGGGAGACCGUGGUUUUGAUGGCCUUCCUGGUUUGCCCGGGGACAAAGGACACAGGGGUGACACAGGAUCAUUGGGGCCCGCAGGACUUCAAGGAGAGGACGGAGAGAGGGGAGACGACGGAGACAUUGGACCAAGGGGUCUCCAGGGUGAAUCAGGACCUCGUGGUUUGCUCGGACCCAAAGGUCCCCCUGGGAUCUCCGGACCUCCUGGUGUGCGUGGAAAUGACGGGCCUCACGGUCCCAAAGGAAACUUGGGUCCCCAAGGAGAGCCAGGACCUCCAGGUCAGCAGGGAACCGGAGGAACUCAGGGAAUGCCCGGACCUCAGGGAGCCCUCGGACCUCCAGGAGAGAAAGGACCCACAGGAAAACCAGGUCUUCCAGGAAUGCCCGGAGCUGACGGUCCUCCUGGUCACCCAGGAAAGGAGGGGCCUUCUGGCACCAAAGGAAACCAGGGUCCCAACGGUCCCCAGGGAGCUAUCGGCUAUCCUGGCCCUCGUGGCAUCAAGGGAGGUCAAGGAAUCCGUGGACUGAAGGGCCACUGGGGAGAGAAGGGUGAAGAUGGUUUCCCUGGAAUUAAGGGAGAUUUCGGUGCCAAGGGAGAGAGGGGUGAGCUUGGAGUGUCAGGGCCCAGAGGAGAGGAUGGUCCUGAGGGGCCAAAGGGUCGCGUCGGGCCCCCUGGCGAGCUCGGACCACUUGGAUUGGUUGGAGAGAAGGGUAAACUUGGUGUACCUGGACUUCCUGGAUAUCCCGGAAGACAAGGACCCAAGGGAUCUCUUGGAUUCCCAGGAUUCCCCGGCUCAAACGGCGAGAAGGGAACAAGGGGUCUUGCUGGCAAAUCAGGGCCAAGAGGACAAAGAGGACCAACGGGCUCCAGAGGGCAGAGAGGACCGAGGGGCGCCACUGGGAAAGGAGGAGCAAAGGGAACGUCAGGAAGUGAUGGCCCUCCUGGUGGUUCUGGAGAGAGGGGAUUGCCUGGACCUCAGGGAGCCAAUGGUUUCCCUGGACCAAAGGGACCUCCUGGACCCCCAGGAAAGGACGGGCUGCCUGGACACCCUGGGCAGAGAGGAGAAGUUGGUUUCCAAGGUAAAGUGGGUCCACCUGGGCCUCCUGGAGUCGUUGGACCUCAGGGUCCAUCAGGAGAGACCGGCUCCCUGGGCGAGCGCGGCCACUCUGGACCCCCAGGUCCACCUGGAGAGCAGGGACUUUCUGGUCCCUCAGGCAAAGAGGGCACCAAGGGAGACCCUGGACCCACCGGAGGCCUCGGUAAAGACGGUCCCGCAGGACUGAGAGGUUUCCCCGGAGAGAGAGGACUGCCUGGAACCCCUGGAGGUGGAGGACUGAAGGGAAGCGAAGGACCUGCCGGACCCCCUGGACCUGCUGGGUCUCCUGGUGAGAGGGGACUAGCUGGCACUUCUGGACCUGUUGGACCUCCUGGCAGACCAGGUCCCCAGGGGCCUCCUGGAAGCUCUGGAGAGAAGGGAGUUACUGGUGAGAAAGGCCCUAUUGGCCCGGCCGGUCGUGAUGGAGUGCAGGGUCCCGUGGGUCUGCCCGGCCCUGCUGGAUCACCUGGAGUAUCUGGAGAGGACGGAGACAAGGGAGAGGUUGGAGAGCAUGGACAGAAGGGCGGCAAGGGGGGCAAAGGAGAGCAUGGUCCUCCUGGUCCACCCGGGCCAAUGGGUCCUGUCGGUCAGCCUGGUCCUGCUGGUGCUGAUGGUGAGCUCGGAGCAAGAGGCCAGCAGGGGCCGUUUGGAGCUAAAGGAGACGAAGGAACCAGAGGAUUCCCAGGGGCCCCAGGUCCCAUCGGACUUCAGGGCUUGCCAGGACCACCAGGUGAGAAGGGAGAGACGGGAGAUGUUGGACCUCUGGGUCCUCCAGGCCCUCCAGGACCCCGUGGCCCUGCUGGACCCAGCGGUGCUGACGGUCCUCAAGGUCCUCCUGGUGGUUUGGGUAAUCCUGGACCUCUUGGAGAGAAGGGAGAGGCUGGUGAGGGCGGACCACCUGGAAUUGGAGGAGAGCCCGGAAAGAAGGGUCCCCGUGGAGAGCGUGGAGAAAAGGGAGAGUCCGGACAACCUGGAACAUCUGGACCUGCCGGAGGACGAGGACGAGCCGGAGAUGACGGGCCCAAAGGAAACCCCGGUCCUGUUGGUUUCCCUGGUGAUCCUGGUCCCGCUGGUGAGCUUGGACCCAGAGGUCAAGAUGGUGCCAAGGGAGAGAGAGGAGAAGAUGGUGAACAAGGAGAAUCUGGCUCCCCUGGACCUUCUGGUGAGAACGGACCCCCCGGCCCCCUGGGAAAGAGGGGUCUUGCUGGAACAAGAGGACCAGAGGGACGUCACGGAGAGAAGGGAACUAAGGGAGACUCAGGUGCUGUCGGGGCCCCAGGAAAAACUGGCCCCGUCGGCCCUCAGGGUCAACCAGGAAAACCAGGAACAGAAGGUCUCAGAGGACUCCCCGGAUCAGUGGGUGAGCAAGGAACUCCAGGACUUGCUGGACAGAAAGGACCAGCUGGACCUCUUGGACCUCCCGGUUUGCCUGGCCUUCGUGGAGACCCCGGUGGCAAGGGAGAGAAGGGACACCCAGGUCUUAUUGGUCUCAUUGGACCCUCAGGAGAGCAGGGAGAGAAAGGAGACAGAGGUCUUCCUGGGCCUCAUGGAUCUCUCGGAUCUAAAGGAGAAAAUGGAAUGGCUGGAGCCUCCGGACCCUUCGGCCCUGCUGGUCCUCCUGGUCUGCCUGGUCCUCAAGGUGUCAAAGGCGCCAAGGGUUCUUCUGGAGGAUCUGGUGCAAAGGGAGAAAAGGGUGUACAAGGACCUGCUGGAGCCCCUGGCCCACCAGGAGAGGUCAUUCAGCCCCUGCCCAUCCAGAGGAGUCCCAAGUCCAAGCGCUCCAUCGACGCCAGCCAGAUGCUCUCUGAAACCGACUCAGAAAUGCCUGCAUCUGACGCCACUGGCGCUGAGUUCCUGAUGGGCAGCGAAGGCAUGGAGGAGAUCUUCGGCUCUCUCAACUCACUGCGACAGGAGAUCGAGACCAUGCGUUUCCCUCUGGGCACCCAGGACAGCCCCGCCCGCACCUGCCAAGACCUGCACCUCAGCCAGCCAGACCUCAAAGACGGAGAGUACUGGAUUGACCCUAACCAGGGCUGUUCCAGAGACUCCCUCAAGGUCUUCUGUAAUUUCACCAGCGGAGCAGAGACGUGCCUGUACCCGAGCACGAGCAUCAACUCGGUGAAGAUGAGCUCCUGGGACAAUGAGACUCCAGGAUCCUGGUACAGUCAGUUCACCACUGGUAGUAAGUUCUCCUACGUGGACUCUGCUGGUGAGCCGGUGGGCGUGGUCCAGCUUGGCUUCCUGCGUCUCCUGAGCGUUCAGGCCCGCCAGAACCUCACCUACCACUGCCACCGCUCAGUGGCCUGGGCCGACCGCAGCGCCAAGAACAACCACAACCGGGCGCUGCACCUCCAGGGGGCCAACGACGAGAGGCUGAGCUACGAGACCAGCCCCUACAUCAAGGCCCUGGUCGAUGGCUGCUCUUAUCGUAAGGGCUUCGACAGGACAGUCCUGGAGAUCAACACGCCCCAGGUGGAGCAUCUCCCUCUGCUGGAUAUCAAGGUGUCAGACUUUGGGGAGAGCAACCAGCAGUUUGGCUUUGAAGUGGGACCUGUCUGUUUCCAAGGCUAAAAACACACACAUACACACAUCAUGCAAAGAACAACACGUGCAAAUACUCACGCACACACACAUGCACUUAGAGACACACUUAUAUAUAAGAAACAUACAUGCCCAGUAAUUUGUAAAUUCACUUGUAAAUGAUAUGAAACACACACACAAACCCACAGACACACACACUUACACACAUGCUGUUGUGAGACAAACACGCCCUCACACUCACGUACGUGCCUGGGGAAAGCAACAUCCUCCCGACAAAUAAUGGACGUAAAAAAAAAGUAAAGAGGAGAGAAGAAGAAACAAACUCGCGGAGAGGAGACCAUCGUUCGGGGCGCACGGCCGCGAGAAAGGAAGAAAAAACCAGGAGAGUUCUUCGGAAUAAAACAGUGUUUUCUUUACCAGCAGCGACAGGGGCCGGCCUGAGAAAGAGGGCAAGCCGGUAGCCUAAGGCCUGAAGCCCCCCGUCUCCGACCACCUCUCACUCUUCUCUCUUCCCCGCUGUCUCUCUUUUUUCCCACUCAUCUCACCUGCUCUACCUCCCCCCCUCCUCUUCCCGAAAAAGGGUCACUCUUGGACAUUAUUUAAAUUUCUUUGAUUCCGCGUUCCCACUGCGAGCAAUGUGUUUGACAGUCACUCCUUUAACAAUAGGUGCAAGACGCUCCUAUGUAGCUGUCUGCAUCUACGCUGUUUCAGCAUCGUGGUUUUGGUUCACUGCUUCGGCCUUUGAUCCUUUAGUCAUUCGUAUAGAAAGUUGCUCAGGAUUUAAAGUUUUGAAUCAACUUUUCAUCACUUGCCAUUUAGCCUUUUGACUCAUGAAGCAAAUUCUAAACCAAUGAAAAGAGUAGAAACCAAACUCUGUCUGUUCAAUCACAGCCAGUGGUCGCAAAAGUUCAUCAGCGGCUCAGAUCAAUCUUUCUUCCUAAGGUCUAACUCAUCUGGUUGUCUUAUUGUGAAAUCCAGUGACUUGUCAAUCAUGUUGCUCACAAUGAAAACACAAUGAUCUCCCUAGCUUUUAUCUACACAGAAAAGAACCAAAGAAUUAAAGCCACCAGUUUCUACCCAGAAAAAAGGAGAGAAUUAACCAAAUGAUACCAGCUGGCUGUUUUUUGUGUAUUUUAAGCUGCCACUUGUCUAUUGUAAUAUUCUUUUAAUGAACACCUCGCAGUUUUAAUAAUCAAAUGUGAUUCAGGCCAAUAUAAUGCAAUCUUUCCGCCCUGAGAGCAGCAGAAACUUUAGUUGGAUGGUUCACCUCUAAUAAAGCAUGCAGUGAGGCAAGACAGAAGAUCCUAGAUCAGUGAAUAAAGCCAUUAUUUUGUAAACUGUGCUGAACUUGACACUAUAGUAAUUGCAUGUUACUUGUGCUUUUCAAAAAGAGCUGAUUCUUCUUCAGAUCCAGGAUCAGGCUACCAGGGUCGCUACCACACACCAGUCCAGUAUUUGCUGAGUCACUUUCUGGGUCCUUUGAAUAUUGUUUUCCAUCUGAUUUCUCAUCACAGCUCAGAACAUCGUCAGGGUUUAAAUAUGUAUAUGAGAUGAAAAGGUCCCGCCUUCUUUUUCUUAAACAGCAGUGAAUAAAAUGCAUGCCUUACUGAAAGAAACUGUGUGGCAAGGUGUUACUUAUACCAAAGCAUAAAAGUCUUAAUAUUCACUUUGAGUCCUUCAUUUUUCUUCUUUAGUCUCUUUCCAUGAAGCUUUAACUGGGGAAAUGUGCAUUACAUUACAUUUGUACAGAAAUAGUGAUAUUCUAUUGUAUUUAUUUAAAAACAACAGGGUGCUUUGAAAUUAAAAAUACACGGACCACCAAAUAUUCCAGUCAAAUGUGGUAUAUUUCAUUGUAUUUAUUUCCUGUAGUGCCUCACAUGUUAAACUCACUGCCAGCCUGAGUUAUGGUGCUUCUGUUCACGCCCUGUCCAAACUCCUUUUGUAGAACCAAAGAAUCUGUGGCCAUAUGUUAUUGUAAUAUCCCUUUAUAGUGUUUUCAACGACUGUACUGUGCUGUUACAUUUUGCUUCCUCUGUAAUGAUUAAAUGGUGACUCUCCAGUUCUGUCACAUUUCCGUGUCGUUGCUACUGUUUGACUGGUGGUUCCUUGGUUUCAGGCUCAGAUUAUUGCGUAACAGGGCUUUAAAUUGCAACACAAGAACAGUUUACAGUUUAAGCUGAAAAUACUCUUCUGAUCUUUGACAUGUCUAUCUGAGACCACAGCGGGGAGGAGAAAGGUUGUGAGAGGGUGGAGACAGCUCUGUUAGCCACCAGUGGAUUAAAAGUGAUUCAUAAGAGUAUUGUUUAUAAGUAUAAUGUGGCUAUGGGGUGAUAUCAUACUAGUUCUGUUUUUUCUAUUUGUCUUUUUUUACUAUAGCAGGGAAACCGGGCGGGAUGGCCUAAACCUAAAAAACGAAACAAAUCUGACCUUGAGGUUCUCCAGAGAGAAUCCCCUCAAAUAUUUGUUUUAUUGUGUUGAAGACAAAUGUUUCAACAUAAGAAAUAUGGUGCUGAAAAGAGAAAAAAGUAUUAUUUUAUAAUGUGUGUAAGUAAUUUUUAAAAGAAGUCUUGUUUCUGUAAUAUAUCAUCUUUUAAAAAGAG